CCCCCCUCCCCCGCAUUCCCCCCCUCCCCGCCCUCGUCCCUCCCGCCGCGGCAGCGGCGGCGGCGCUGUGACGUGGCGCUUCCGGCGCGCGGGCGGCGGCGGGAGGUGGAGCUGCUCGGCGGUAGCGUGACCCCAGCGGGGCACCGAGGGGCAGCGGGAGCCCACCGGGACCCUGCCCGGCUCCGGCUGCAAUUACAGGUGCCGCGUUCGUGAUCGGCGCGGGGGAAGCGACAGCAUCGCCCUCCGUCCCGGCGCGGACGAGGUCUUUGCGCCGUUGGAGCAGCAGCAGGAUUUACUUUGAGGCCGAACGCAACCACGGAGCAGCCCCGGGGGUUCCCGCUGCCGCCACACGGCCAGUUCGUGCCCGUCCUGGGGGUUUUGUGGUGGAGUUGAGCCAAAAAGCAAGCUGCUGGGGUGGUGGGGGGUGGGGAAUCCAGCUCCAAAAUGGAGCCCCUCGCCGCCACCUUCAUCCAAGGGGUGGGGGACGAGGUGACGGUGGCGGCCGGUGUCGUGGUGCUGGUCCUGGCUCUGGUCCUGGCGUGGCUGUCCACCUACGUUGCUGACAGCAGCAACCAGCUUCUGGGAACGAUUGUCGCGGUGGGGGACUCCGCUGUCAUCCGGCUUGGCCACGUGGAGGGGUACGUGGGGACGGCAGGGGCUGCCGAAGCCCUGGAGCCCCCCGGGGUCCCCGAAAACUCAGAGGAGAAGACGGAAGAGGAAGGGGGGGCAGCGUCGGGGCCAGCGGCGGAGCAGGGGGCCAGCGGCAGCGCCCCCGACCCCAGCCUGGAGCAGCUGCUGGACAUCCGGAGCUCGCCGAAACAGACCUCGGGCGCUGAGCCCGGCGCCCUGGGGGGGCCGCCCGCCGCAGCGGGGAGCGACCUGUGCUCCGGCCUCAUCAAGAUCCGCCUCAAAUUCCUCAACGACACGGAGGAGGUGGCCGAGGUCCGGCCCGAGGACACCGUGGGGGGCCUUAAGAGCAAAUAUUUCCCGGGCCAGGAGAGCCAGAUGAAGUUCAUCUAUCGCGGGCAGCUGCUGCAGGACCAGGGGCGGACGCUGCGCUCGCUCCACAUCACGGACAACUGCGUCAUCCACUGCCACCGCUCCCGGAGCGCCGCUGCCGCCGCGCCUGACCCCAGUGCCGCCACUGCCGCCCCCGACACCAGCGACCUCCCCCUCGGCACGGGGAACCUGAUGGUCCUCGCCAUCGUGGUGGUGCUGGCAGUCACCUGGUAUCUCCGCAUCAACUACCGGCAGCUCUUCACCGCCCCGGCUACCGUCUCCUUGAUCGGUGUCACCUUCCUGUUCAGCUUCCUGGUGUUCGGGAUGUAUGGACAGUAGGGACGCGACGGCGGGUGCCGCGGCCUCCCUGCAGCCCGUCCCCAUGGGAGCGCGGCGCUCGGGCGGGUGCCGCUUUCUCCGCUGCGGCCUUACGGUGACCAGAGCUGGCGCGGGGGGAGCUUGGUGCAUCCUUCUCCGUCUUGGUGCUGGACUUUGUCCCCCCCCAAGAAGGGGCUGCGCUCCCCCCAGACGUCAUCCCCCUCCCUCCCAGCCCCAAGCUCGGCUCUGGGGAGGAGAGCCGCGCUCCGUUCCUGCCCUCCGCUCCUCUCCCAGCGCGUGUGCCAGCUCUGCAGACUCCAGCGAGCUCCCACGCUCGCUCAGGACAGUGUCGCACCCCCCCACCCAUCCUGCCCCAUCCCCUUUUCUGGGGCAGGCUCUCGGCCGCGGUGACGGGCAGGGCAGGUACGAGCCCAGGGUGCCGCACCGGAACGGGCUGCGGCUUCCUCUCAGAGACUUUAAAGCAAAUAAAAGGUGUAACGUCA